AGCUACAGGAAAAGUGGAGGCAGGAGCUAGCAAGGGGACAGAGAGAAGGAGAGAAAGAGAGAGGGAGAGAGAGAGAGAAAGACAGCUGAGAAACAAACAGGUUUAGAGGAGGUGGAAGAUCUCGGUGAGCAGCUGCAGGAUGCACACGCCUCUGCCUUUAUGUUUCCAGCGUCUUCAUUUCCAUUUUUGCUUGAUUAACCUUCCCUUCCUCUCUUCUCAUCCCUUGCCUCUCUGAAGCUCACUGAUUCUGCCGCCCCUGGACAAACUUUGUGUCCCCGGAGGGGUGUGGAGCCUCUGAAGGGAGGCAGUGCCAACUGCUGCCGGAGUGAGGACAGUGUGAGCGAGGAGGUGGGCAGGGUCUGGCUCCCUCCCGCAGCCGUCUCUGAGGGAAGAUCUGAGGAAGGCGCGAAGUCCGUUGGCCAGCACUGGUGGAGACCCGCGGGGAUUGAUAGUUGUCGAAAUGUGGAGGUCCUCCUGUUGGCGUGACAGGGAGGAAGUACAAGGAAGUCAAAUUAUCCAGACUGGGAUGGCAUGAGGUUGAAGGCUGAAGAAUCUGGCAAAUAAUGUUAAACUAAUCCAGGGAUUUGUUUGAAACCAGUGUUGCUGUUGGUGAGACGGAUCAAGUAGUUUGUAAGAAUCCUCUGACUCUUGGUUCGACUGGCACAGUGGCGAUCAGCAGUUGUGUUCCGGGGGCCCGGACUGGCAUGGGGUCGCGUGACACGCCGAAAAUGAUCUGAAGUAGCUGGGGUGUCUGUCACUUAGCUGUUGGACCCCAGUUAGCCUUUGGCUGAAGGUGCGCCGUUGGGGACCAGGGCUGGGCUCUGCUAGAGGGAGCGAGGCCCGGUGCCCCUGGCCUUGUUGGGUCAGAGGUUCCCAGAGGAACUCACCUAGAGUAGGGACGCUUUGGCCCCCUGACCUGCCCGACCCGAUGCGGCGCUCCAGCACUGACGAGUCCCCCUACCGCCGCAGCCCAUCCCUGGACAGCAAGCCUGGCUCCUCCCCCCCAAACUCAGGCUUCCACCGCUAUGGCAGCGAAUACGAGUACAGCAGCCGGCCCUUCUGCUUCGGGCUCCGUACGACCCCGGGGCCCCAGGCAGCCAAAAGCGGCUACGGCUCCACCAAGGGCAAGAAGUAUGUGGUGUUUUACCUGGACUUGUCAUUCAUUUUCCUUCUAGAGCUCCGUCGCUGCAGGAUGGCGGAGGGCUGUCUGAGGGCCCUGCGCUAUGGCAUGGUCUUGUUCAACCUGCUCUUCUGGCUCGGUGGCUGUGGGAUCCUUGGGGUAGGAGUGUGGCUGUCGGUGACACAGGGAAACUUUGCCACCCUCUCCUCCUCCCUACCAUCCCUGACUGCUGCGAAUGUCCUCAUUGCCGUGGGGACCAUCGUCAUGGUGAUAGGUUGCCUGGGGUGUGUGGGGGCAGUCAAGGAAAGUCGGCCCCUGCUUCUGAGUUUCUUCAUUCUCCUCCUCUUGAUCUUCCUGCUGGAGAUUCUCUCUAUCAUCCUCUUCUUUGCCUAUCAAAAUCAGAUAGAUCACUACGCCCAGUCGGACCUCAAAAAGGGACUUCAGCUCUUUGGCACGGAGGGAAAUGUGGGCCUCACCAACGCCUGGAGUAUUGUCCAAACCGACUUCCGUUGCUGUGGAGUGACCAAUCACACGGACUGGUUCGAGGUGUACAACAUGACCCGCGUCCCAGACUCCUGCUGCCUGGAGUACAGUGACAACUGCGGCCUGGAAAACCCGGGGACCUGGUGGACUGCGCCCUGCUAUGAGCGUGUGAAGGGUUGGCUGCAGGAGAACCUGGUGGCCUUGUGGAUCUUUGCCUUAUGCACAGCCCUGACACAGAUCCUGGGUCUGGUCUUCUCCAUGACCAUGUUCUGCCAGGCAGAGAAAACGAACACCUUCUACGCCUAGAUCUCCCAGAGUGUUCAUGGGCAUGCUGGGAUAUGGGUGACCCACAAAGGCAAAUGCCACAUCAGGUGGACUUUUCUGUAAGGCUCAUUUCAUGUCCUCUAUGGUGCUCGUUGGGUUCUCUUCCUCAGAAUGGCAUCCAUAUGUCAGUCAGCUUCUGCUGUUAAAGAACCACGAUAACUUAAAGUGACAUGUAGAUGCUGUGAAAUGGGCCUUCAUUUCAUUACAUGAACAAAACAAAAUCACUGUUGAGUUGAACAUAGCUAGUUAGGUUAAACUCACUUGUUUUCUGACGCUAAGGAUUUUGUCUGGGGUCCAACAGUUAUAUUAAUAUUUAAAUAAAUGUGAAUACCCAAACUCAAUGCUGGUGUAAUUUUACAGAUAGCAUAGAGAAGAAAUCAUAUCAAUAUUAAAUCCAGGUUACUGAACAUCCAGAUCUUUAUAGGCUGACAUUUACAGGUCCAUGCCAAGAGUUCAAAUUAAUGAGCAAUGCUUAAUAUACUAUUUUCUCACAAACUGAAAUGACCGAAGUGAAUAAUUCAGUCUCAAUUAUAUCACCUGAUUAAAAUGAGCUGUCCAUUAAAAUACCAUUUUAUAACCAAAAGAUGUCUUUGUGACCUCUCAGUUAGGUAAUCAAACCUCUAGCUGAAUAUUGGACUCACCCAGUAAAGAUAAUCGUCCUUCAUCAAGAAAUGCGUAUUUUGUCUAUAAGUGCCAUUUAUUUUUAUCAUCAGAUCAUCCAACUGGAACAGAACCGUGAGCUCACACACUGCAUUUUGCCAUAAUACACUGGAAUGGUACAUGUGGCAGAACCAGACAGAUGUUUUGCAGCAGUAGGUUUGGUUCAGGCAGAUGGUAGAGAGGUUUGAAAGGUAUACCUCUGUAACUACCCUGUAUGGGCCAUUAAACUGAUUAAAAUGCAUAACAGUAAAAUAUGAUCAAAAUCUUUUUAGAGAACUACAGCUUGUACAAUAUGCAAAUAUGCUUCUAAUAAGGGGGUUACGGUACCUAUUUUUGGACAAAAACCUAAAGUGACGUAGCACAUCGGCUGUCAGGUCCGCCACAUCUGAAAUCUGCAAGGCUGACACCCCCAGACUUACAUGUUUAUAAGGACUGCCAGUCCCCCAUGAAUAGCUAUUACAGCUUCAAGAAGACACUGGCAGCACUGAACCAGACGUAAUUGUUGCAGCAUAUUUAGCCGUCCUUUCGGUGAUGCCGGCUGCUGAGGAUGCGGGGACGUGGAAGAAGGUCCCAAGGAAACAAAGAAGAGAUGGGGUGCGAUAGGCAGAGGAGUUUAAGUCUAGACUUGCAAGGCCAAACAGAAGCACAAGACAAGGGGCAUUUGUGAGGGUAGAUGAUUGGUCAGCAUCCUGCGCUGUGUUACAGUAAGAGAGACUGACAGCAGACAGGGAAAUGGCAGCUCACUCUGGAGUCUUUCAGAUUUCAGAAUAAUUUUAAAGCAGAGGCUGUUGUAUUGAAAUAGCAGGUGAGGGAUGACCCAGAUGACUUCAGUCUGCAUCUGAGCCACAGUGAUAACCAACACAGCACUUCUGGACCUGACCUGGACACUCCAGUUUUUAAUCGCUGUAAAAAUGCUAAUCCUGGAUAGAGGAUUUACACCAUGUUUGCUUGGCAUUUAAGGAAAAACACUCUCCACAGAACACGGGAAAAGGACAAAUAUUAAUGACCCAUGUUGCACAAACCUCCAGGUCAUGACCACCAUAUUUAAGAUGGGUGACAUCUGGCCCUGUUAACCCAUGUAAAUGUGCAGAUUCCCUUGUUGAGGAAUUGGUGGAGUUUUUCUACAGGCCCAUGGCAGACAAUUGUUCAGUUGAUGAAGCGCCAUGCAUAUGUUACACAGGCUGCUGGAGGGCCAAGUGCACUCUUAUCGUUCAUGACUUCUGUACACGGAUUUACCUCCCUCCACAUCUUCCAUUUUCAGUCUGCUAAUAAUUCACUCCUGUUUCAAUCAAAUAUAGAUGCAUUAGUAGUUUAUAGCAUGGAUGUGCUUUCUAUUAGUGAGAGGUGUUAACAGGCCCCAUGUCAUCUUGCAGCUUCUACAGUAACAACAGCUCCGCUUCGGAACAUAACAAGAUUCCAUUCAUGCACAAUUCAUGUGAAAUUAUGCAGCUGAAUAGUACAGAAAUGAAUUGUAGCAAUGGGACAUGAUGGGUUUUUUAACCCCAAGCCCUACUUCAAUUACUGUCAUUAUUACGCAGAUGUGUAAAUAAAUGAUGAGAUACAAUGGCAUUACAUAGUAAUUGCCACGGUUUUAGAGGCAAAUUGGGUACAACAGGAUGUGACUGAGUGGCCUGUCUGUGGUCAGCAGACAGCAACAGGUGUAUAAACAUUUUUAAAAUCCCCUUUCCUGCUAUACUUAUUGAGGAUUAUUUCAUGAUUUUAUACUGAUUAUAAUUAAGCUGUUUGUAUAUAUUACUAAAACACUGAGGGUGUAAUACCAAAAAAACACAUUUUACUGUUAAAAGGAACGCCACAAUCCUUUGUCUUCAAGAUCAGGUCACAAACCACUUGUAUAAUUACUAAACUCUCAUAAUUCCCAUAAACCAUAUUGUUUUCCACACUCUGGGUGAAGAAGACAUUACAAUACUUUAGCCUCUUCUGGAUGAUGCCAGUUUGACGCUUUACUUUGGUUCACAGUUUUUUGUCCCAUAGAAAAUUUGAUUCUCUUCCACGUGAGAGUUGCCCAACCCAAACACACCACACAAUCCACCACAGAGGUUCAUCAGCCCUGGUACUAGGAAUCCAUAACCAAGCUCAUUUUACUUAUCACCUCCUAUUGUCAAAUUAAUUGCCCAGAACAAUAGGUGUCUAAUUCUCCAACAAUAGGUGAUUAACAGAUAGCACAUAAAGAUGGACAGGAGAAGGGCAGGACCAGGGCUGCCGACCAAUGAUGUAGCACACUGUAGCGCUUUUGAUGUGUGUACACAUGUAAAUCAGGAAAAAAAAACGCAAGUCGCUGGAUGUUUCUAGAAACUGAGAUGUUUGUGUGAGAAAAAAAUAAAUAAAAUUUGUACCAUC